AUGGCCGAUCCAGAGCUGGCGUCGAAGUUGGCGAGACGUCUCGAGACCGUUGAUGAUGCGGGCUCAGAUAAACCCAAAGCUCAACCACCUCCUCCAGCACCAAAGAUGCCAGAAAAGGUGGUUCCAAAUCCUUACGUGGCCGUGGAUGAUUCCGUCUCGAUUGAUGAUCUUAUAGCGAAAGCAAUGGAGAGAAAAGAGCAUAGAGAAGAAAAUAAUAAUGUAGCCAGUCCGGGCAACAUUACAAUGGACGAGGCACAUGUGGCGAUGGCAACGGUCAACGGCUCCGAUUCACAGCCUGAUACUCAGCCAGGAUUGCCACCGAAACGGACACUUGCCGAUCUUUUGGCGAAAGACCAGCAGCGACCGCCCAGUCCACCACAUGCAAGUCCCUCCGAUGCGCCAGCGAAACAGUCACCGGCGCCAAAAACUACCAUUGGAGAGCUGCUGGUAAAGGAUAAGCAACCGCUGUCACCACCACCUACUAGUAAAUGUCCGAUAGUCCCCGUGCAACACCAUGUUCCGAAACCAGAGGUUCGGCGGAAAAGUCCCGAGGAGGACGGGAGUGAGCUGGAGAGGAAACUGGCUGCUCAGCGUGCCAAGAAAUCGCAAGCUGCGGCGGCUGCUGCCGCUGAGUCGAACCUCGUUUUCUCAUCACCUCAUGAUACCAUCCCUUUAUCACAGAAGCCGUCUCGCACUGAAAAAGCUGAGGAACAACCUCAGAUCAACGAACUUAAGUACCAUGAUCCGAGUGAAGGGUUUGAAAAG